CCGGCUGGGAGUGUUAGGAUGCCCCAGGCAAGGGGUAACGAGAUCUUGUUCUCUACGUACGAUGACAAUGUCACAAUGAAACAGAUCCUGAGUACACAUUCUCCUGAUGAUCGCCAAUUUCAUGUCCAACCUCUCUUUCGUAUCAUUGAAGAUGUCAUGCACCGUACCAAUGCACCCCUCCUUGGCACUAUCCUUUCCACCACACUUCAGGCAACUCAGGCACAGUUGGAUGAGAAAGCUCUGCGCAGCUGCUUCUCUGACAUUAUUAUACUUUUAGCCCACACUAUUAAGAAAACUUCCAGUGAGAUAACCUGCAAAUGUUCUGGGGGAUGGGAUGCACAGGCAACAACAAUGUCACUCUUGAACAUGCUCUCAGUCUAUCCAUGGGAAGUUAAGGUAGUGAUAGCCUUGGCCGCAUUUGUUAUGAUCCAUGAAGAAUUUUGCCUAGUGGCAAAGCUUGACGACGUAAACCCUCUGGCCAAAUCAGUAGCACACCUCAAGCAACUUCCAGGUAUAAUGGAACAGGCCGAAUCUUGGAAACCAAAGUUUGAGUCACUUGGUAACCUGAUCGAGGCAGUGCUUGAUCUAACAAAUUGCAUUAUGGAUUUUAAGAGCCUCCCAUCUCAGUACAUUAACCCGGACACUCCAGAAAUGGUCAUUGCCAGUGCUCAUAUCCCAAUAGCCGUGUACUGGACCGUCAGAAGCAUUGUGGCUAGUGCAUCUAUGGUUAUUAAUCUUACUAGCAGUAGUCAUGAGUACAUUGCCUCAACAACUGAGACAUGGGAAUUCUCUAGUUUGGCCAAUAAGGUCAAUAGCAUGCACAGCCACCUUAAGGAAGAACUGUCUCUUUGCCGUCAGCACAUUGCAAUUGUCCCGACUGGGAGUGCUAGGAUGCAGCAGGAAAGGGGUGAUCGGAUCUUGUUCUCCAUGUCGGAUGACAAUGUCAUGAUGGACCAGAUCCUGAGUACACAUUCGCCUGAUGGUCGCGAAUAUCAUGUCCAGCCUCUUUUUCUUAUCAUUGAAGAUGCCAUGCACCGUGCCGAUGCACCCCUCCUUGGCACUACUCUCUCCACCACCCUUGAGGGAACUACGGCACAGUUGGAUGAGAAAUUUCUUCACAACGGGUUCCCUGACAUUCUUAAACUUUUAGCCCUCACUAUUAAGAAGAUUUCCUGUGAGAUAACCUGCAAAUGUUCUGGGGGAGGAGAUGCACAGGCAACAACAGUGUCACUCUUUAAAACGCUCUCAAUCUAUCCAUGGGAUGUUAAGGUAGUGGUAGCCUUGGCGGCACUUGUUAUGAUCCAUGACGAGUUUUGCCUAGUGGCACAGCUUUGCCACACCAACCCUCUAGCCAAAUCAGCUGCACACCUCAAGCAACUUCCAGAUACAACAGAACCGGCCGAAUCUUUGAUACCAAAAUUUGAGUCACUUGAUAAACUGAUCAAGGCAGUGCUUGAUCUAACAAAGUGCAUCGUGGAGUUUAAAAGCCUCAUUUCACAGUACAUUAACCCGGACGUUCCAGAAAUGGUCAGUGCCAUUGCUCAUAUCCCUAUAGCUGUGUACUGGACCAUCAGAAGCAUUGUGGCUUGUGCAUUUAUAGUUAUCAAUCUAAUUGGCCUUAGUCAUGAGUACCUUGCCUUGAUAACAGAGGCAUGGGAAUUGUAUAGUUUGGCCCGUAAGCUCAAUAACAUGCACGGCUACCUUAACAAACAAUUGUCUUUUUGCCAUCAGCACAUUGCUACGAAGAAACACGAUGAAGCUUAUAGAACAUUUGUUCGACUGCUUGAAACACCUCACUUUAACAACACAAAGUUCCUAAAGACUUUGAUUUACCCCAAAGACGACCAGCUCCCACUGUGUGAGGGUUCUACCAGGAGAAGGGUUAGCAUCGAGACACUGAGAAGUAAGAUUGUGCUACUUCUUAUUACAGAGGAUGACAUGCCCCAAGAAGAGCUUGUGCUUUUUGAUCUUAUGUAUAGAGAAUCAAAGCAAAGCCAAUUUACCGAGAGUCACUAUGAAGUCGUCUGGCUUCCCAUCAUGGACAGAUCAGUUCCAUGGAAUGAAGAAAAGCAAAAAUUACUUGAAAAAACACAGAGCGUAAUGCCAUGGCUAUUUUUGUAUCAUCCGUCUAUGCUGGAUCCCCUUGCCAUUAGGUACAUCAAGGACAAAUGGCACUUCACCAAUAAGUCUAUUGUUGUCGUGGUGGAUCAACAAGGGAAAGUUGUGAACCUUAACGCGCUCCAUAUGAUGUGGAUUUGGGCUAACAUGGCUUACCCUUUCACUAGCCUAAAAGAAGAGCAACUAUGGAAAGAAGAAUCAUGGAGAUAUGAGCUAGUGGUGGAUUCCAUUCAACCCAUGAACUUCGACUGGAUCAUUGAAAGAAAGCACAUUUGCUUGUAUGGUGGUGACGAUAUUGAUUGGAUCCGCAGGUUCACUGCCACAGCGUACGCAGUAGCGCGUGCUGCCAAUAUCCAACUAGAGAUGUUAUACGUAGGCAAAAGCAACCCGACUAAAAAAAUUGAAACAAUCAUUAAAUUAAUUCAAGCUGAAAAUCUUAGUCAUGUGUUGUCACACCUGACCUUAAUAUGGUACUUCUGGAGCAGGAUAGAGAGCAUGUGGCACUCCAAAGUGCAACAUGGGAAAUCUGUUGAAAAAGAUGAGAUAAUGAAAGAAAUCAUGAUGAUGUUAUACUUCGACGGUAGUGAUCAAGGAUGGGCAGUGAUUUUUGAGGGUCAGAAAGACAUGGCUAAAGCGAAAGGCGAAAUGUUCUUGAAGAGUUUGUAUGAGUUUGAUGAAUGGAGGCAUGACAGUGAAGAGAAAGGCUUUUUGCCAGCACUGAAUGGAUUUUUUAAAAAGCUCUAUACUCCGCAUCAUUGUCAUCGUUUUACAGUUCCGGGAGCAACAGGUAGUGUGGAGGAUAAGGUGGUCUGUGCAGAAUGUGGCCGUCCUAUGGAGAAAUCCACCAUGUACACUUGUUGCACUGAUUGAGUGCAAAUAUUAUACCUGCUGACUGAUUAUAAGAUUUCUGAAGGAUUGAUUUUUGUGGCUUAAUUAGAAUGGCUUGUGUAUGAUGCCAUGACUUCUUUAAAUUUAUUAGAUAUGUGUAAAAGAAUGUUGAUGUUAAUCAAUGUAUUCUUUCUUUAUGAU